CACGCUCCUUCUUUCCUUCCUUCCUUCUCCCUCCUAUCCUCCUUCUUCCACGCUCCCUGCCUCCCUCCUUCCUUCUCGGAGCCGAAGGAACCCAAACGCUGCCUGAAAGGCCAACUCAACUGAGGAAGAAAGGAACCAGGAUUCUAACACCAAGAGCAGCAGGAGCUGUUUGGCGUGGAUGGUUUUUCUUGGACUACGGUGGGAAUCUUCCUUCCCCAGCAGAAUGGUUCCUCAAGUGGUCGUUAGCGUGUUUCUCUUAACGUCGCUGGUACUCGACACGGAGGCCUCUGCAGUCAGCAACUGGUGGAACUUGGUGCCCAGGAAAACGGUGCCCUACCACGAACUGAAAGAAGGGACCAAAUGUUUCUCCAUGGCAGGCGUGUCCAACUAUACAACGCUGACCUUGGCUGACCGCAAAGGGCUACUCUACGUUGGAGCCCGUGAAGCCAUCUUUGCUUUAAGCAUCAGCUCCAUGGAGAUGGAGGAAGCGAUACUUUGGGAGGCUCCAGCAGAGAGGAAGGCAGAAUGCAUCCAAAAAGGCAGAAGUAAUCAGACUGAAUGUUUCAACUACAUCCGCUUCCUCCAGAUCUACAACAGCUCUCACAUGUACACCUGUGGCACGUAUGCCUUCCAGCCCAAAUGCGGCUACAUUGACUUGGCCACCUUCUCCUUGGAUAGGUUCUCCUUCGAGGAAGGCAAGGGCAAAUGUCCAUACGACCCUGCCAAGGGCUACACGAGCCUCAUUGUGGAGGAAGAGUUGUACUCCGCAACACACAACAACUUCCUGGGUACCGAUCCUGUGAUCCUGCGCAACCUGGGGCCCCAGUAUCCCGUCAAGACUGAGCACCUGCCUACAUGGCUUAAUGAACCCCACUUUGUGGGCUCAGCAUUUGUCCAGGAGAGCAAAGGCAGUGAUAUCGGAGAUGACGACAAAGUCUACUUCUUCUUCAGCGAACGAGCAGUGGAAUAUGAUUGCGACAUUGACCAGGUGGUAGCCCGUGUGGCUCGGAUCUGCAAGGGCGAUGUCGGUGGUGCCCGUACUUUGCAGAAAAGGUGGACGACGUUUCUGAAGGCCCGGCUGCUGUGCUCGAUUCCAGAGCAGCAGCUGCACUUUAACCGGAUCCAGGGGACCUACACGCUGAAUGGCGAUCACUGGCGUGAGACCAGCUUUUUUGGGGUCUUCCAAGCACGCUGGGGAGACGUCGAUGUUUCUGCCGUUUGCCAAUACCAGAUCUUGGAUGUGCAGAAAGUCUUCGAAGGCCCCUACAAGGAAUACAGUGAAAUUGCUCAGAAGUGGAUUCGUUACUCCGACCAGGAACCCGUUCCCCGUCCGGGCGCUUGUAUCACGGAUUGGCACCGGUACAACAGUUUCUCCACUUCCCUGGAGCUUCCAGACAACACCCUGAAUUUUGCAAAGAAGCACCCCCUGAUGGAUAAGGCUGUGCCCCCAUUGGGCAACCAGCCUUUGCUGGUCAAGAAGGAUGCCAACUUCACCCAGCUGGUGGUGGAAAGAGUCCACGGUUUGGAUGGCAAACCAUAUGAAGUGCUGUACAUCGGGACAGAGAAUGGUUGGCUGCACAAAGCGGUGGCCUUGCCUUCAGGUGUCCAUCUCAUAGAAGAACUGCAAGUGUUUGAGGAAGCCCAACCCAUCAAGAGCUUGGUCCUAUCAGUACCGAAGAGAGUCCUCUUUAUUGGCUCCAACACAAAAGUCAUCCAAGUCCCUGUGGCCAAUUGCAGCAAGUACAGGACCUGUUCUGACUGUAUUCUCGCCAAGGAUCCUUACUGUGCUUGGACUUGGAAUGGAAGUCGCUGCGUCCGGAUUGAUGCAUAUGAUGGGACCUCUAUAUUGUUCCAAGAUUUGGGCACGGAGCCCAUGAUGUGUAACCCCUUGCGUUCUUCAAGACCAGGGACCAAGAUCGUUUCCAAGAACAUCACCGCGAUGGUUGGAAUGGACCUGGUGCUACCUUGCCAACUCACCUCCAACCUUGCUAAGGCCCUUUGGACCUUCAAUGGGCAGGACCUGGUGGAGAGCCAAGCUUCGGUUGUCUAUGAUGCUCACCUUCAGGCACUGAUUGUCUUGGAUAUCCGCUUGAAGCAUUCUGGAUUGUACAAGUGCAUCCAGCUAGAGGAGAUGAAUGAAUUAAUGACGGAGAGUUACCAGGUCACUGUGUUGGCUGAUCCAGCCAUGUCGCUGGAGACCCGGGCUCCCUUGGACAACUUGGGCCUGGUUUGGGUGGUGGUGAUUGCUCUCUCAGCCAUCUGUGUGGUCCUCCUGCUCGUGGUCUUCUCCCUAAGGCGCAGGCUGAAAGAAGAACGUGAAAAAGGCUCCAAGGCCAUUGAAAGCACCCUUGUCUACCCCAUUGAGAUGCCCAAAGAGCCUAAGAGCCCUACUUUUAUUCCCAGCACUACUUCAGACUCGGAUGAGAAGCUCUGGGACCCUGCCAGCUACUACUACUCGGAUGGUUCCCUCAAGAUUGUCCCGGGUCAUGCGGUGUGCCAGAACGGGGGCACCACUCCCUCGCCCACCACAAACGGCAUUCCUGGCCAACCCUUGCAGUCUCCACACCUCCACUCGCCAAACCGCAUCAACCUGAGCAACAUCCGUGGCUCGUCUUCCAAUGGCUAUAUCCGCCUCAAUUUGGGCACCGAGGAGCGGCCGGACUACAGUGACUUGGCCGAGGAGCUGCGUCGGAAGUUGAAGCAGAGGCAAGCUCUGCCUGACUCGAAUCCCGAGGAGUCUUCAGUAUGAGCUGCCCUGUGGACUUGGACCAAUUACUCAACUACCUCAUCUCCUAGGCCAGGGUCGCGACCCGCCUCAAAAUGACUCUCUCUUUUUAAGACAAGACUCUGGACACUUUUGUAACAGGCUUUCCUCACAUCCCCCUAUUUUGAUACACACUGCCGAGAAGACCCCUUUCCCUCACAGCUCCCGCCUUGUUCAGUGUUCUCCACUGUGCUUCCUUUUUGGGACUGUUCUGGGACUAUUGUUGAGCGGUGGUCUUCAUUCCUUCAUCUUUGGAUGUUGAGUCCGAGCCUCUUAGAGACUUGCCAUGGGCAUGGAGACCCCCAAGUUGAACCCACUGUCCUGUUUCAGAUCUGCAUGGGGGAUGGGGUUGACAUGGUCAUGCGAAAAGCAAGCUUGAGUUUUGUUCCCCACGGCAUGGUUGCAGUUGGCUUCCUAGUGGUUGUUGCCAUGUUUUCUCUCUUCUUCCUGCCUUGACUGCAAGAGUUGGACUUUGCGGUAGUCAUUCUCCCCAAAAGGGUAGGGAUCAGGAUGGGGGAAAACCAGCCCCUGCCCCAAAAUAGGACCCCUUUGGGGAAAAGGGGACCUCAGAAAGACAGGUGUCCUCAGGGACAAGGUGUGUGUUGGGAAGCUCAACCAAAGACAAAGGCGUAUGUUGGGGGCUGGGGAACACUCUUAGCCAUAGCUUGGCCUCCUUUCUUACAGCUACAUGUAAAGUGAGGCACACUCAAUCCACCCAAGAGCUUUCCUUUCCCAGCAGUGGAUGGGGCACCUUUGGGAGUGUGUGUGAGAAACACUUGGUCCUGAUGUCUUUCUGGGGGAGCUACAGGAGGUCUGAGGUCCCUGGAGUAGUGGAGAGGUAAAACUUUCCAAUCAAUUGUUCAGGGGUUUUACAGAGAUGUUUUUACGGCUCCCUUAUACUCUCCUCGCAUCUUCACCGAAAGAUAAAGGCAUCCCAAUGUUUUCAUCCCAUCCAUUUUGGGGACCUCUUUGGAUCACGUGCAAAGGAAGGGAUUGAUCUUCCAAGAGAGUGGAGGAAGGCAAGCAUUGGGGGGGGGGGGGUCAGUCCCACAUGGCACACUCUCUGCUAAUGCCUUGCACAUUCCCUUGGCAGGAGGAUUGCCCCGCCUCUUCCACCAACAUCCUCCCUCCAAAAACGUGCCACCGGAUACUUUGUAUCCUCUGGCCUAUCUCCUUCAUUGUGCCCCAGGCUCCCUUUCCUAAAGGAUACACACAACUACAGGAAGUUUAAGUGUGCUGUUGCACGCUCACUCGUGGCCAUGAGUGCAAUGGUCAUCGUCGGGUCGGGUUAAGGGAAACAAGUGCCAUCACAUGUUCCAUCCCACAAAUUACAUUCUUGGCAUCCUUCAGUG